AUGUGUGGGUCAUCUUCUAGAAAGAAGCGUAUAAGCAGCUAUUGGUCAUCUUUGGAGUCUCAGGGAACGAAACUUCCAUGCUUCGCGAUCUUAACCUCGACAAAGACCGUAUAUUUUGCUCAAAGCAGUAUUCUACGGUCCGUGCCAGCAAAGUUGCGUGAUAUCAUGCUUGCGAAGAGCUGGAUACUCGAAUGCCUACAAUCGCACGAGGGACAUUGUGGUCAAGACGGUUCUUCUGGUUUCCCAUUGAAGGUGAUAGAUUGUGCUUCACGAAAGCUAUGCGAGAUUGCUCCUGGAACUCCAUAUGUCUGCUUGAGCUAUGUCUGGGGUAACACUUCUGUCGCUCAUGAGAUCUCUUCGACCCUUUCGGGAUGCUUGCCCAAGACCAUAGAGGAUUCAAUAUGGGUCACGUUACAACUAGGGUAUUCAUAUAUAUGGAUCGAUCGAUAUUGCAUCGAUCAACAAAACGAUGCUGAAAAGCAUUACCUUAUCAUGUAUAUGGGCGCCGUGUAUAGAGGAGCGAAGCUCACAAUUAUCGCUGCAGCAGGGGACAGUCCCCAUAGUGGCCUUCCUGGUAUCAAUGGAACACCUCGACGUCAGCAGUACAGUCAUACAGUAGGGACAUCAGGCCAACAGAUCAUCGGCCUUGAGGUACCGAAACAGGACAUAGAAGAUUCGGUCUGGAAUACUCGUGGAUGGACGUUCCAAGAGCUGGUACUCUCAAGACGUCGGUUAGUCUUCACAAGAUCACAGAUGUACUUCCAAUGCAACAACAUGCAUCGCUUGGAGAAUCUGCCUCCACGGCACCCGGCUUCAUCCAGCCCUGAUCCUUCCAUGGAUGCAGGAAUAAGUCACGAUAAUCUCAUAGCAUUUCCCAAUCUAAAUAUUGGUUCCACAGUACAAACAAUCUAUCGGCAGAUCGAGGAAUAUUAUCACAGGAACCUAUCAUUCCACGAAGACAUCGUCAAAGCUGUCACUGGCAUCAUAAAUUCCUUCGAAUUGGGACAAGGUACAGAUCGAAUACGUGCCACUCAAUUAUUUGGCUUGCCAAUAUUCUACAGCCAGACGUCGCCUACUUUCUGCUUGCCAUCAGAAAAGAAAUGUAGCCCUACAGUUUUCACACCAACUUCAACCUUCGCACAUAGUCUAAUCUGGACUAUAUCGCCGCCCUUUGACACAGAGUAUAGUGUUGUCACGGAUACUCUUUUCCCAUCGUGGAGCUGGGCUAGCUGCAAAAACCAUUACGAUCCAAUCUACGAAUGCAAUUUUACCUGGGAAACUUCACUAGUAGACUUUUCCUGCGAAGAAAGUUUGCAAGUUUGGAUUAACAAUGAGAGCGGAAGGAGUUUAGAGUUAGACGAAUACAUCAAGACGUGGGACCAAGAAGACGAUAGAUUACUUGCGCCAAAGAUCUCUAUCAAGAGCUGGGUAGUCUUAUGGAACACGGAACCGUAUCAGAAUAGCAGUGUUCACGACGACCGGGCUUUGACCUGGAGUUUCAAGAUGGGAGACGAUAUCAUGUUAGAUCAUUCAGAGACUCCACCGAGUGACAGCCUGGCCGCGAUAUACCUUGGAAGCAACCAGUCAUUGGGAAGGCCCAAUGAUAGGGAAUAUAAGGAUGCAGUAUUGCUGGUAGUAGAGAAGGUCGACGAUUCGACAUGGCGCCGGAUCGGUGUGCUUCGAUGCCCUCGUAAGAGAGUUUCGCACUGGGAAAACACUCUCGCCUGGCUCAAUCGUAUCAAGCGAGAAGGCGACUGGAAGAUGCGCACACUGUGUCUGGUCUAA